AUGGCCGACCCGACUCCUCACCAGGUUACAGAAGGCCACUUGCGGCCGCGUCUGAGUAAGUUGACUAUGGUUGCAAUGACGUUCGCGAUUCUCAACACUUGGAUCGCGUUAGGUGGCACAAUUGGCAUAGUCAUGCCGUCUGGAGGCCCAGUCGCGCUCCUGUACGGCUUUAUCUUUUGUGUCGCUUGCAAUUUCGCUCUAGCCUUCAGUCUUGGUGAACUUGCAGCUAUCUGGCCAACAGCAGGUGGGCAAUAUCAUUUCGUAUACGCUCUCAGUAGUGACAGAUGGAAGAGGUUCUUGAGUCUUUGUGCGGGAUGGAUCAACAUUGCUGGUUGGCUCACACUUGUAACUACCGAAGCGAUCUUUUCUGCCAUGUUUAUUGCUGCCGCUAUUGUCGUUGCGUCGGGGAGAUCCACGCCAGUCGACUCUUGGACCACAUACCUUGUCUUCCUUGCCAUUAUCACAUUUUCGACCAUCGUGAAUAUCUGGGGCAAUUCGAUCCUUGGACCUUGGAGCAACUUCGCUCUCUACUGGUCAAUUAUGAGCGUAGUCAUCAUCAGUAUCAUUCUGUUAUCCAUGUCAGAAAAGACCAGCGCUGAAUUCGUUUUCACAACAUUCAACAACGAAACAGGAUGGUCAGACGGAAUGGCAUGGCUUCUAGGUCUACUGCAAUCAGCUUUGUCAUUGAUUGGAUUUGAUGCGGUUCUGCACAUGACCGAAGAAAUGCCCAAUCCCCAUUUGGAUGCUCCCCUUGCAAUUGUCUAUGCCAUCGGCGUUGGCGGUUCUACUGGCGUGAUCUUUAUCCUAGUGAUCCUCUUUUGUCUGACUGAUAUCGACAAGGUUGUGAGCUCACCAACUGGCCAACCUCUGAUCGCUCUUUUCGACCAAGCCACGAACAGCCGAGCAGCAUCUACCAUCAUAAGCUGCAUGCUAGGGUUGUGUUUCAUCCAUGGCACAAACGGAUCUGUCACCACCACAAGUCGACUGAUAUACUCCAUGGCUCGAGAUAAUGGCUUCUUUUUGUCUCGAUAUUUCAACCAUAUCAACCCAAAGUUGGAGGUUCCAGUCCGCACGAUCAUCUUCACCUACAUCUUCAAUGUGCUAUUUGGUGCCCUUUAUCUAGGACCCUCGGUGGCCUUCAACGCAUUUAUCGCAUCUUGCACGAUUCUUCUGAACAUAUCAUAUGCUUUCCCAAUUUUCGUUUUGAUCAUUCGAGGCAGAGGCAUCCUCGCUCCCCAUCAGCACCCCCAUACGCCGUGGAAGCUUGGCAACUUCUGGGGAUAUCUAGCCAACUGGACGGCUUGUAUAUAUGUGUCGGUAACUUCAGUGCUUUUCUGCUUCCCUCCAUCUUUAGAUGUCACUGGAAACACGAUGAAUUAUGUUUCUGUCGUCAUAGCAAUCUGCUGCCUCGCUAUUGCUAUUUACUGGAUUACUCGCGGGAAGACCUUUGAGGGGCCUAACCUCGAAACCAUUAUGGCGCAAAGAGAAGACGUCGUUCAAGCGCCUAGUCAUGACAGACGUGGCGAGAAAGAAGAUAUUCAUGAUCAUUCUGUUUCUGCCUAG